AAAUCAAUCAGAGGAAGUUAAAGCAGCUGUUCGAGAAGCGAACCGAAUUCAACAUGCUGCAAGACGGAGUAACGAGACUGCUGAGGAAACGGAGGAACGUCGAAGAUCUGCACGUCUGCGAGCAGCACACUCAAGAGAUAUAGAAACCGAUGAACAGCGAAUGCAGCGGAUAGAAAGCAAUUCAAUUGCCCAACAGAACAGACUUUCAACUGAAACAGUUCAAGCUUGCCAGGAUCGACUUCAGCAGCAGAGAGUGCGACAAGGUACGUUUCGAGCAAGCAACUGGACGUACAAAGACGAAGCAUUUAAUUAUGACCCUGAUUUAAACUAUUCCAACUUCCCUCAAAUUGUGAUUGGCGGCAUGUCGGUAAAGCGUACGUACUGUGAUGCGCUCAAGUUUAAAGGCGAGACACCUGGAAUGUGCUGUUUCAAUGGAAAAAUUUCAUUACCAGAGCUUCCAGAGUUGCUAGAGCCACUUAAGAGUUUAAUGGAUGGUGAUCAUCCUAAGUCGAAAGAGACUUAG